AAAAGGUUGUAUAUUUAUCAAUACUAUGAAAAUACGAACUUUACGAACUGUCACUAUUUAAAAUGUCGCUAUAUCGAGAGAUGAAUGCAGAUUUACUCGUAAAAGAUUGCAGCAAUAAAGAAAGUAAAGAUUAUUUAACAUGGAAUAAAAGCGAAUUUGAAAUUUUCAAGAGAAUGGUAAUCGAGCAGAAUAUAAAUUGUCGUUUAGACGAUAUGUUUCUCUUGAGCUUCCUUAGAGCCAGAAAAUUCGAUAAAGAAAGAGCAAUUAAAUUAUUAAAAAAUUAUUACUCUACGAGGAGAAAAUACUCAGAUAUGUUUGGAGAAUUUAAUCCUGCUGCCGUGAAAAAGUGUCUUGACACGAAAAUAGUUGGUUAUCUUCCACACACGGAUCAAGAUGGCAGCAUUUUGGGAAUCGCUCGAAGCCGUAAGUACUUAAUUUAAUUAUUAAAUUACUA